AUGUCGGGGAUUGAAAUCGCCGGCAUCGUCCUUGGCGGCUUCCCGAUUCUCAUUGAGGCCACGAAGCCGCUCGCCCGGUACUUCCAGGGCGCUGAGCGCUGGUGGCACUUUAAAACAAGAUUCAUGACCCUAAUUUCAACGUUGGAGGAUGAAUCAAUAGCCUACUCACAGAACCUGGAGCUUCUAUUGACUCCAGUUGAUCUCGAUCCCGAGGUCAAGACCAACUUGCAAGAAGACCCCAAGUCGGACUUGUGGCAUGAUCCGGAGGUCCAGGCAAAGCUUAAGGCUCGCAUAAAGAACCAGUACAUGCCGUGGUUUCAGAGACAACUGCGGGAAAUGAGAGAGACUCUGGACGAGCUACGUCGCAUGUUGCCCAUCAAUCAGAAUGGCAAGGUCGAUUUCCCAAGGGUCACCACAGUUGACUACGAGCUUUUGAGGCUCAAGCAAAGCUUCUCUUCGCGGAGACAACAUCUACUGGACAAUAUCGUACGGAUCAAUGAGAGCUUGUAUAAAUUCUUGGUCAGAGACUCCCAUAUCAAUGUCGAAGUUGCUAGAGCCGAGGCGUCUUGGAGCUCAGCGCCUUCAAAGAGCACCGGAUGCCCCGGAGUCAAGACAUUUUUGCGCCUACAAGCCGAAGCUAAGAAACUGUCUUGUGCUCUGAAAUGCGAGUGGAACUGCCACUGCAUGCAUCAGUGUGGUAUUAGGCUUGACUUGAAGCCCUCAGAGACCAAUAGCUCUAAAGGCCCAAGCCUGAGGCUACUUCUCGGAACUGAGGCCUUAAUGAAGCAGACCGAAGUGCAAGUGAUAAAGGAGGAGGACUUAAGACCUGACUUUGCAGCUUCAAGCUCAAAGACCACCCUGCUAAAUCAAAUGGAAGAUUUGAGGACACAAGCACGCCAAGAGCUCACGCCCAUUGUGCCUGAGAAGAGCAUCAGACGACUGGGAAUUUCCUCCUCUGUCAUCACUGCGACUUCAGCACUGGUUAGCCCGGUCGUAUCUGGCGAUUUGAAGCUAUGGCGAGGGAGAGAGCAGAAGAAGUUGACAAAGAUUGAAAAGUCUCAGGUAGUGCAACUCUCGGCCCAGAAUACCAGUGGUCAUCAAACCAUGACCCUCCAAAGUAGUGUAACCACAUCGAUCAAAAAGUUAGUCCGGUUUUCUGAUAACUCAUCGAGCGCCCUUGCUUCUUUGGGCUCUUCAAGAACCUGGCACUUCCACUUGGACGGGCCGGCUGUAUCUCAAAGCCGGCCAUCCCUUGAGGCUCAAGACCAGCCAAACCUUAAAAACUCAGAGGUUAAAGAUUUGGAGGCGUUUUAUGGAAGCACGCCGCGGUUGCCAGAUCGUCUCCAGAUUGGCCUUGAGAUUGCCUUGACUAUUCUUGGGCUUGGAACGUCGUGCUGGAUCCCCCGGGGCUGGGAUCGCCGCGAGAUCUUUGUGUUGAAAAGUCCCAACGUUCCCACAAAGCCAUUUAUCCAACACCGGCUACUCUUGUGCAGUCUCAAAGAGACCGUGGACGACAUUCGAGCCCACACCGAGGUUACUCUAUUCUCUCUUGGCGUGAUUCUAUUGGAACUCAUCUUCCAAGAGACGCUGGAGCAGCAGCCGUGUUGGGACACAUUUUGCGAGAAUGGGCAGCCAAACGACUGGACACAUCAAUGCACUGCCAUGGAAUGGCAGUCACAAAUUGAGCCACGAUACGGGAAUGAUCUCUCUGAGCUGAUUAGACUCUGCGUAGAGGGAGGGUUUUCGGGGGACGCCAAUCUCGAUAACUCGGGUUUUCUGCAGGAAGUGAUUGACACAGUUGUAAACCCCCUUGAGCAGUUUCUUUCUGGAUGGAGUUAG